CAGAUGUCAUGUGAAAACGCACAUGCUCUGCCAUUCACACAGCCCUUCUUUCUUUCUUACUUUCUUUCUUUUUCCCCCCCUGUUCCCUUUUUAAAAAAAAAUAGAAACUCCUUUCGCCCGCCCCCCUUGUAACUAACAAACCAACAACCACCAUCGCUCCUGCUCCUCAAUCCAAGUAAUCACAAAAGAAAUCUUUUGGAGCUGCUGGUGGUAUUUCCGAGCAAAUACGGGGAGGGGAGGCGGAAAAAGAAACACGCACAAUUCAAACAAGCCAGACAGACAUUCCUUUUACAUUUAUAUACACAUUAUACUUUCCAAAAAAAAAAAAAAGAAUAACAACCUUGGAGGAAUGAUUUUCCCGGCAGAGCAGAUCUACUCCGGCUGCAGCCUUCCUUCUUGCUGAGAGGGGAUUUUUGUGAUACAAGGUCCAAGCUGUUAGCUUCAUGACUGCACUGAGCAGGGAAUCGCCAACACCAUGCGAGCACAAAUUGAAGUGAUACCAUGCAAAAUUUGUGGAGAUAAGUCCUCUGGAAUACACUAUGGAGUCAUCACAUGUGAAGGCUGCAAGGGUUUCUUUAGAAGGAGUCAGCAGAACAAUGCCUCUUACUCCUGCCCCAGGCAGAGAAACUGUUUAAUUGACAGAACCAACAGAAAUCGUUGCCAACACUGCCGACUGCAGAAGUGUCUUGCCCUAGGAAUGUCUAGAGACGCUGUGAAAUUUGGAAGAAUGUCCAAAAAGCAGAGGGACAGCCUGUAUGCUGAAGUGCAGAAGCACCAGCAGCGAUUACAGGAACAACGGCAGCAGCAGAGUGGUGAGGCAGAAGCCCUUGCCAGAGUAUACAGCAGCAGCAUCAGUAACGGCCUGAGCAACCUAAACAACGAAACUGGUGGCACUUACUCGAAUGGGCAUGUCAUUGACGUGCCAAAGUCCGAGGGUUAUUAUAAUGUGGAUUCUGCCCAGCCCUCUCCAGAUCAGUCUGGGUUAGACAUGACUGGAAUCAAACAGAUAAAGCAGGAACCUAUCUAUGACCUCACUUCUGUACCAAACUUGUUUACCUAUAGCUCUUUCAACAAUGGGCAAUUAGCUCCGGGGAUUACCAUGACUGAAAUAGAUCGAAUUGCACAGAAUAUCAUUAAGUCCCAUUUGGAGACGUGUCAAUACACAAUGGAUGAACUACACCAACUAGCAUGGCAGACCCACACAUAUGAAGAAAUUAAAGUAUACCAGAGCAAGACAAGAGAAGCGUUAUGGCAACAGUGUGCCAUCCAGAUCACUCAUGCUAUUCAGUACGUAGUGGAGUUUGCAAAACGGAUAACAGGCUUCAUGGAGCUCUGUCAAAAUGAUCAAAUUCUACUCCUUAAAUCAGGCUGCUUGGAAGUGGUUUUGGUGAGAAUGUGCCGUGCCUUCAACCCACUCAACAACACUGUUCUGUUUGAAGGAAAGUAUGGAGGAAUGCAAAUGUUCAAAGCUUUGGGUUCUGAUGAUCUGGUGAACGAAGCGUUUGACUUUGCAAAGAAUUUAUGUUCCUUACAGCUGACUGAGGAAGAGAUUGCAUUGUUUUCAUCUGCUGUUCUGAUAUCACCAGAUCGAGCCUGGCUAAUAGAACCAAGAAAGGUCCAGAAACUUCAGGAAAAGAUUUAUUUUGCACUUCAACAUGUGAUUCAGAAGAACCAUCUUGAUGAUGAGACCUUGGCAAAGUUAGUAGCCAAGAUACCAACAAUUACUGCACUUUGCAACUUGCAUGGAGAGAAACUGCAGGUAUUUAAGCAAUCUCAUCCAGAUAUAGUGAAUACACUGUUUCCUCCGUUAUACAAGGAGCUUUUCAAUCCAGACUCUACCACGGGCUGCAAGUGAAGGGGAAGAUAGAAUUGUCACAUAGUCCUGGAAUGCAUCACUGUAAAGACAAAAGAAAUGUUUUCAUGAAGACUUAUUAAAAAUGUCACUACUGCAACACUAGGAAUGUCCUGCACUUAAUAGAAUUAUUUUUCACCGCUACAGUUUGAAGAAUGUAAAUAUGCACCUCUGAGUGGGGCUCUUUUAUUCUUGUCUUUCUUUUACUUCUUUUUUUUUUAACUGACCAUAAAUAUACAAAUAUAGGACACUGGGUGUUACCUUUUUUAUUUUAUUUUAUUGGGGUAUGUUUUGGGAAACAACUGUUCAUAGAAUUUUAUUGUAGAUAUAAAUGAGAAUAGAGCGGUACUUUGCAGUAUUACUCUUGCUGUUAUUGUUCAAAUAUAAUUUAAGAAAAUUCCACUUAUUACACUUGCCUAUUUCUAUGUUUUUAGAUAGUUUAAUGCAUGUGG